GCCUCCUCCCGCCGGCGGAGUCCCCUCCUCCCGGUGCCUUCCCGGCGGCCGCCGAGCCGCUGGCGGGGAGGCGGUGGCGGGCGGCUGAGUUGCGCGGGGCCCGGCGGCGCUGCCCAUGGGGGAGAGCGGCGUGCCCCCCCAGGUCCAGCUCUUCCUCCGCGCCUGCGAGCAGGGCGACUGCGAGACCGCCCGGCGCCUCUUGGGGCUGCCCGCCGGCGGCGGAGGCACCGCCGACCUGGCGGCCUCCUCCUCCUGCGGCCCCGAGGAGGCGGCGGCGGAGCCCCGCGGAGAAGCGGCGGCCCCGCCGACCCCUGCCGUGCCCGUGGACUGCACGGACGAGGCCGGGAACACGGGGCUGCAGUUCGCCGCGGCGGGCGGGCACGAGCAGCUAGUGCGGUUCCUGCUGCGGAAGGGCGCCUCGGUACAGAGCAGGAACCACUACGGAUGGAGCCCCCUCAUGCAAGCGGCCAGGUUUGGACAUCUAAGUGUGGCCCACAUCUUGCUGGAAAAUGGUGCUGAUCUCAAUGCACAGAAUAAGUUAGGAGCCAGUGUCCUCACAAUGGCCUCCAGAGGUGGCCACGUCAGCAUGGUGAAGUUGUUGCUGGAAUCCGGAGCUUUUGUAGACAAUUACGAUCAUUUCGGCACAAAUGUACUUAACAGCAGCAGAGACGACCUUCCCGAUAUCACUCCAUUAAUGGCAGCUGCUCAGCAUGGACAUGAGGCAGUGGUACAUCUGUUACUGGACUGGGGAGCUGAUUGUAAUUACACUGUGAAGACGAUGGGCUGGAGUCCUUUAAUGCUGGCAGCUGUUAGUGGAAAGGUGAGCUUGGCACAGCAGCUCAUGGAGAAAGGUGCCAAUCCUGAUCACCUGAAUGUACUACAUAAAACACCUUUUGAAAUCUCUGUUGGCUUCAAACACAAAGACAUGAAGGACUACUUGGAAUCUCUCACAACGAUCAGACCUCAGGCAGAUACAGAAAAGAAGCAACCUGAUGUCUUUCAUGCUUUGAAACUGGGAAACUUCCAGCUGGUUAAAGAGAUUGUUGAUGAAGACCCGAGUCAGGUCAAUAUUACCAAUGUUGACGGUGCAUCUCCAUUAAUGAUUGCAGCUGUAACUGGACAGCUACCCCUUGUUCAGCUCCUUGUUGAGAAAAAUGCUGAUGUUGAUAAACAGGAUAAUGUUCAUGGCUGGACAGCACUGAUGCAGGCCACAUACCAUGGAAACAAAAACGUUGUAAAGUAUUUGUUAAAUCAAGGAGCGGACGUCAAUCUUCGUGCAAAAAAUGGAUACACGGCUUUUGACCUCAUAAUGCUGCUGAAUGAUCCAGAUACAGAGCUUGUAAGACUACUGGCAUCAGCAUGCAUGCAAGUAGACAAAGACAAGAAUAAACUGAACAACAGAUCAUCUUUGCCUAGUUCCAGAAGUAGGCAAUCCUUAAAUGUCCCAAUGUUGCCAGAUGACAAAGGAGGUCUAAAGUCUUGGUGGAGCAGGAUGUCCAACCGAUUCCGCAAGCUGAAGUUGACUCAGACACUGCGCCAUGGAUUUCCUUCCAAUCCGUUUGUGCCUUUUCCGGAUGAGCCUGAACCAUCAUUAAAUUCCACUAUAAAAGCAGUUUCACAGAGUGAUACGGGUGCCUCUGGAAACCUUGAUGCUGCUACAGCUCGGAUCACAAAUAACAAAGCUAGUGGCGCAAACACUACGAAAGGAGGAAAGGAUGAUGAAUUAUUGACAACCAUGCUGAGAAGUAGUGCCCCAUUUACCAGGCUGCCAAGCGAUAAGCUGAAGGCAGUGAUACCACCUUUCUUACCCCCCUCGAGCUUUGAGCUCUGGAAUUCUGACCGAACACGACUCAGCAAAGAUGGAAAAGCUGAACAGAUGAGAACUGCCUGGCCACAGAGAGCAAUCAAGCAUGAUUUUAACAGCAGCGGAAACUCUGAUAUAACAUCUGUUAGCAAAGGUACUAGACCAGUCAAAUUACCAACAUUUGCAAGAAGACCAGCAUCUCCUUCAAAUUCCAACAACUUCAGUCAUUCUCCUCAUUCUUCUGGUGGAUCCAAUAACAUUGCAGGAAUUAACAGGCAUGGAGGAGAACUGCAUAACAGAUCAGGUGGCAGUGCAGAUAAUGUUUUGUCUCAGAUUGCGGCCCAAAGAAGAAAAGCAGCAGGCUUUCCUGAACAGAAACCCAGCCAACAGCACAGUCCAGUCCAGUCAACUACUUCAUCCACUCUGUCUGAUUUGCAGUGUGCUCAGAUUGUUGGCAAUGGACAUGUAAAGCAAAAACUGGAGAUGAACAAAAGACCUCCAUCUGGGACUUCAUCUACGUCUAAAAGCACAUCACCAACUCUCACACCUUCCCCAUCACCUUCCCCAUCUCCUAAGGUUCAAAACGCAGAGUCUUCUCUCUCUUCUUCUCACAGACAGGCCAAAAGCAACGGUUCCAGCAGUGGUACUAUUACAGAAGAUGGCAACCACUCGGUGGACCAUCAACAGCUUGUCUCUAUUCUGAGAACCAGUGAUGUAGAGAAUCAUGAAAGACGAAACCAUGUGAGAGUAAAAGGAGGCUCUGAAAACUUGGAGAAAGAUGAGCUGACUGGCAUCCUUAAAAAAUUAUCUCUUGAGAAAUAUCAGCCUAUUUUUGAGGAACAAGAGGUGGAUAUGGAAGCUUUCCUUACACUUACUGACGGUGAUCUGAAAGAGCUUGGUAUUAAAACCGAUGGAUCAAGGCAGCAAAUUCUGGCAGCUAUUUCUGAACUGAAUGCAGGAAAGGGUCGAGAGAGACAGAUUUUACAAGAAACUAUACACAACUUCCACUCUUCCUUUGAGAGUAGUGUUAGUAACACACGACCACCAGGUCAUUCUCAAUCUUACUUCCCGUUCUCAGAGUAGUCAGCGUGUGUGGGAACUUCUGGAUGUCCCUUGAUAACAUCGUAGACUUGAAGAGCCUCUUCUAUAGGUACCAUUAGGUGAGCAGAAGCUGCCAUUUGGGAUUUGAUAACAUGGUGUAAUGAACUGGAAUUACUCGAGAACCGAAGAAGCAUAGAGAUGUAACGUGUCUCCAAGCAACUUGCUGAGCCUAACCACUGAGCUUGAAUGUGUCUUGAAGACAGCAAAGGACAGUAAUGGUGGCACAGAGUUGGGGAGAACAUCCUUUUGUAAGAAUGGAAGCAACAGUUGCUACUGCUAACCAUUUGACAGGAUGCUGCAAGGAGACUGCCGUGAGAGAUCUAGCUUUUGGGGUUUUGUGUAUGAGAGCUCCAUGAUACAGAUUUGGCUGUGAAAUAGCAACAGAAGCACUAACAGAGAAGGAAGAGAGCAUGUAGAUAAAAGAAGUUUCUGCACCAGGUAAGCUGCUUUUUAUUGUAAAAAGUAGCAGUGGGACCCUUAUGCAGUCUCUGGAACUUGAAGUAAUUUCCAGGAAUGUGUAAUAUUUUAGAUCAUAAGAGCACCUGUACCAAGUCAGAUCCAAGGUACAUACAGUUGUGUUCAACUUUUUCAUCCAGUCUCAUCUGACACUGAUGUGAAGAGCUGCUUGCUUUCGUUCUCUGUGAACUUGACAUGUCCUGACUUCUUUUGCUUCAUCUUACUGGAUCAGAAGAUACAGUGGGCAAUUGUUUCCUCUUCACUGCCUCCAUGCCACUGAUGAUUUUACAAAUAACAGUGAUACUUUUCCUCAGUCAUGUUUUUUCUAGAUGGAAGACUUACAGGCUGCUUUGUCAUUCCCAAUACCAUAGUUUUUCUCACCUCUUUUUCUUUUCUACUAUAAUCUUUUCAGACUUGGGAGAUACCAGUCUAGCAUACAAUAUUCAAGAUGUAGGCAUAUUACAGAUUUACAUGACACAGUGAUGUUUGUUUUUCAGUUGUAUUCUUUCAGUUUUCUUGUCCUUUCCUAGUUAUUUCUGAAUUGUUGUUAGUUGGAACUAUGUCUUGUAACCCUGGUGGUCUUCAGAGUUUGAGCUCACAGCCUAUAAUUUUAUAUAACCAUGCAUACAUCUUUUUUUUCCAUUUGCCUUCAUAUUACUUCAUAUUUAUCUCCAUCAGAUUUUGUCUGCCAUCUUAUUGUUUGGGCACUGAUGUCACAUGAAGUCCUUUUACCAAUCUUCUGUUUGUCUUUCUCUUUAUUUACAUGGAUAACUUAAGAAGGUUUGUCCCUUCACCCUGUAUGCCCUUUCGAAAUCAUAUAUGGAAUAUAUUGUUCAUAUCCUGAAUAUUCGUAUGUAGAUCCUUCUGAAAUGCUGGGGGUGAAUUUCUCUGCUAUGGAAAUAAUAAUUUUUUCCUCCAACCUUCUGUCCUCUGCCUCCCUAACAGAUUAUUUAUCCACACAAGAAAUUUUCUUUUUACCCUGUGGGUUAUUUAUUGUCUUAAGAGCUAACCUUGGAUCUUGUGAAAUGCCUUGUCAAAAUCCAGGCAUCAAACGGACCUCUUUUGUCUACAAGACUGUUGGCACCUUCAAGGAAUUCCAGUAGAUUGGUGAGGCAAGACUUCUCAAAUCCCUUUUUGAUUUUGCACAAAAUUUCAGAUCCUUUGUUACAAUUUUUGCUAAUCUGCCUGGUAUUACUGUCUAUUAAAACAAUUAGUUUCAUUUUAUCACAUCUCAGUUAUGUGGCAAUUUAAACAACAACCUGUGUUCUGUACACAGCAGUUUAGCUGCUUAAUCCUUUUGCUUCUUUAGGACAUCUGGCUUGGAAAAUUGCUGUUAUUUGCUCUGUGUAUUUGUUUCAUAUUCUGUUUUACUAGUACCUCAGGUUAAGAUAUCUUGGACUCCCACAUAAAGAAAGCUUCUGAAAUGGGAACCUUCCCAAGUUUUUCCAGGGUGAAUACCAUUUUUUUUUCUGAUGUGAGCUUACUUCUCUAGCUCAUUACGGUCUCGUUGAUUGACAUCAUGUCAUUUGUAACUGGCUGCCUCUUGUGGUGUGUUUGAAAAGUAAUAUGUGACAUUUUUAUCAUUUUUGCAUGGUCCACAACCACUCAUUUCUCUACAGCUCUUUCUAGGAGCCUGUCUGGACACCGUUAGCAAGAAAGCCACAUCAUGAUUUGCCUUCCUAGAAAGCUAGGUGUAGCUCACAGGGUGAUGGAAACAUCCUGCUCUUCCAGCUAUGUUGGUACCACUGUUUUCCACACUAUCCUUGUGAUUUCCUCAAGAUUUUGAGUCAUUUUAAAAGCUUAGUACCUAAACCAGAGUGGCUCUCAGUGUAGCUCUGCUUUUAUGAAGUUUCCAGCCUGUAGGGCUGUAAAGAAGAAAAUGAAAUACAGUCCGAAUAUAUCCAUAAGAUUCAGAAAUGAAAAAGCAGGAGGGAAAGAAACUUAAUCCUUACCUUCCAGAAAUGUAGCUUAUAAUUGUGGGAGGUCUGUAGGCUGGUUACCAACACCAAGCCUGUAAAUGUCUACACCUUCUUAUACCCUUUCUCAUCCAUAGCUCCAGUGUCCCCUUAGCUUUAGUUCUGCCCAAAAUGCCACAAUCCGCACUGCUCAGGCUCAGUUCCUCCCCUGCUACCCCUGAGUCAGGAGCUGUUGCCGCUUGUCAAAUCUGGUAGGAGAUUGGAAGGCAGCAGAAAUAGAUACACGUCUGGAUGAGUCUUUGUAGAACGGAAAGAAGAGCUGCAGUGAUUACCUACAUUCACCCUUCUAAGGAAUGCAGUAGAAAGAAAACAAGGAGAGGCAGAAUAAAUAAAAGCAAGACCAUCAGAAGUAGAGGAUUGAUGGUAUAACUAAUUUCACACAACGGGCUUGUUUAGGAAGAUUGCCGCGGUCCAAAAAGGGGCGGGGGGAGACCGUGGCACAGCACGGGUCCGGGACACGAGGAUGGGAUGCAGGUAGAAUGCUUUAUUCAAGCGUGCACCCGGUCUUUUAUCAGCUCGGGAGGGGAAAGGGCCAGAACAUAGGGCAGGGCAUGAGACAGACAAGCGGGGGGACAAACCAGGAUAGGGACACGGGCAAAAGAGGGAGGAACAUGGGAAGAACCGGGGAGGGAAGAGGCGAAUGGAGGCUGUCCCCUCUCUCUGCAGCUUCUCCAGCCAAUCGGCAGAGAAACAGAGGAGCACGGAGGUGGACAGGCCGGGACAUGCCCGGGAAAUAUAAAUUCUGGGGAAGCAUACAAUGUGUAUAUACAUAAUAACUGUAAUGUCUGUAUCAUAAAGUCCUUUCAAUCACUGUACAUCUUUUUCCACUUCUGAGAUUUUCCCCAUUCUGAUUCCUGGUCCUUCACAGAAGAUACCACAGUUUCCUAUGGAUGUUUUUUUGGCAGUUCAAAAUCAGUUGCUGACUUCUUGUAGCUUCUGUUUGAGCAUCUCCUGCUGAGAUUGUUGCUUCUGAGCUCCCUGUGAUAUUUACUACAAGAACUCAUAGAAAAGUUGUUGAGUGUUUGGCAGGUGAGCUAUUUAAGUUAUAAUAAAGCUCACGGUUGGGAGAAAGUUUCUUUUGUGCAUUAGUUACUGUGUCAUCCCUGGGGCUGGGAUACCAGGUUAGGCUAUGGAAACUCCACAUUCCAGUCCUUGCCUUAUCGGCAUGAGGCAGAUGGCUGCCCUGACUGCAGUGUCAAUAAUGCAAUGGUUACUGGACCUGUAAGCCAUUAGGCUCGGAGGCACCAUAGUAUUCUGAACAGGUGAACAGUACUUGCAAUAGGGAGUGUUACCUCCAUCUCUUUUUUUAAUGGAAAUGAAUCGGUCACCUUCAGAAAAUUCUGAUGAAAUUAGUUCAUUCCAGGAGUGGAUGUUACCACAAGUUUUGACCCUUCAUUGGUUUUCAAGGAAAAAAAUUAUGGCUUGGAAAAUUGCCAAUGCAUAGUAAUCACUCCGUCCUUGGUAAGAGAAACUACUAGGAAGAUACUGCUUCUUAAUAACCCAGUGAACUGUGUCUAGCAAACACAGAAUUAGCUUGUUGCUUCACCAUUUAGAGCAGAUGACCAGCCCAUGGAGGCAUAAGGCAAAAUGACUGCUCUGUGGAACAAAAUGGUCCUCCUUUGUGUGGACUCUCAGCUUCGAUGAAACAGUAAGUGGCAGCAUAAAGUCCAGAUUUCCGAGGAAAGAGAUUUGAGAAAUUAUAUCACCUCAGGAAAAGUUUCUGUUUGUAGCUUGAGGUGACCUUUUU